AUGGCUCGUUGUUAUGACAGUCCUCGGCGACUCGAAAAAGCUUUUGUUUUGGAUGGGGUGGCUGUGAGCACAAUGGCCCAGGCCUACAGCAUCAUGAGGCCCAAGCUGUGGUCGGCAAUUCCGCCUUACAAUCCUCAACUGGACCACCACAGUCGUCGGUACUUCCGGAGCCGCGUGGUUCCGCCCAUUUUGCGGAAAACUGAUCAGCUGUUUGGUGAGUUAGAAGAGGAGCAGGGGCAUUCCCUCCAGCAGGUGAGUGGUCACGACUACUACAACGCCAAGCCGAAGGCCAUCACGACAGGCUUAAAUGGUCGAUUUGGCUACCGCCGGAACACUCCGGCCCUCCGCCAGCACACCUCGGUAUUCGGAGAAGUCACGCCAUUUCCCAUUUUCUGA